AUGGAGCAAUUGCUUUCUUUCCCAGACGAUGAUAGAUGCACCAGGACAGGCAUAUGCGGCCCCAAACUCAUACUGCACGAUAUCCCUGACAAAUACCAGCGCCUAAACUGUUCGUGCCCAGAGAGCUAUGAGUUCUUGGAUGCACAACACAGCUACAAGGGCUGCACGCCAAACUUUAUCCCCUACAUCUUUGACGGAAGGACCACUCCGUCGAUGGAGGUAUGGACGCUUACAGCCGGGAGGCAGGAAAGCGGCAUUGCCAUGAAGGCACUGAUCAAAGUACGGCAAAGCAUGCCCACCAUCAUCCGUGUAUCACUGACAACCAAAUUGCUUUACAUAACAAUCGGUGUUUUGGCAAUUGUAUCUGUGGUAUCUAUCAUGACGGCAGCAGCUGGGGGACAGCCUAACGACCAGGGUGAGAGCGCCACCAUGAGAGCCUGGGUAGAGAGCUUGGUCAGGAGUGGGAAGGCCGAGCUCUUGGUGGGAGGGAAAGGGAUGGGAGCAUCAGUUCCAGACUUCCAAUGUGAUCUGAUUAUAUUUUCGAUUCCUGUGUCGAUGUUCUCACAUGCCACUACACCAGCAAUGUUGGGCGAAGCAGGUUCUGCAGCUGCAAGUCUCGGUCAGAGAGUGAAAGCUACUCUGGUUCUUGGAGCAGAAUCAUUUGCCGUCGGUCCUGAGUCUGGACUCCUGUCGGACUAG